GGCGCGAAGACGUGCUCGGAAGAACAUCAAAGGAUUUACGCCACGUGGUCCCCUCUGGCUCUGGUUGUAGCAUGACACGCACGAACUCGUCGCCAGAACGGCAGCAUGAUGACACGAUGCGCGCGGUGGCGGAUCUACUGAAAAAGCAGCUCGACGAAAAGAUUAUCGACAUUUUGUUCGAUGCUGCCAUCAACUCGGAAGAACUCCGAGCAGGGGGCUUUGGCUUUGGGGAUGAUCAUGCUGGCUGCAAUGUUGAUCAUGGGCCGCGAAGAGCGCAUCAGAAGGACGAGGUUCUGUCCGAUGCCGGGGAUGACUAUCCACAAAAACACACCCAUCCAUCUUUCCAUCCAAUUCGUCACGCAAAAUAUGCAUAACAUUCGAUGUUUGUCAUGCAAAAAAUGGAUGGGGAUGGGUUUUUUUCUAUGGAUAACGUCGUCGGCGAUCAAGAUGACACUGAUGUCGAUGUUGAAUUUUGCACUGAGAGCUGCACCACCAGGCCGUGGCGUCUCACCACGGAAGAGGAUGAAGACCUGCGUGGUCAUUAUGGGUGUGUCAGGAUCGAAAUCGACAAAAUCGAAAAAUUUGUGAUGCUUAAAAUGUAGGGCACUGAAGGCCUGUAUUGGGGAGCAGGCAAAUGAGGCCGAUUGUAAGCCUGUUUAGUGGUAUACGAUGUGCUGCCAGAGUAGCAUGACAGGAGCAGUCUUCUUUGCCCAAACAGCAUGACAGACUGGAUGUGGGUGCUCCCGAAAUUAUUUGUCAUGCGCCACUUGGAAACUAGGGCUCCAACUGACAUCGAUUUUGUGCAUCACAAAUUUUUCGACUUUGUCAAUUUCGAUUCUGACACUCCCAUAGUCAUCAAGAACUACCUAAACACAGCAGCAGCUUCACGUCGUUGUGCGAGCCAGACGUCGUGUAUACGAUCGAGCAAGAAGCAUUGACGCGCGAGCUCUUUAGAAAGUACCUGGUCUUCCUGCUGGAAAUUGAUAAAAACAAAGAAAAUAACCGAC